AAUCUUUGGCGCGUCUCUCUCCUCAUCCCUGCUGUCCGAAGUCUGUAAAAAUGGUUGGACAGAAAUGCCCUUGACUGACCGCAACACGCUGUCCCGCUCUACUACCAUCAAAGCCAGGUAUAAAUCCGACGAACCAGCUACGGUCACUCACCGAUCUCUCUACUGUGACUCCAUCACCUGAGAGCUCGCAAUGGAGGAGAAGCCAUUGUCGCUGCUCAUUCCUCUCCUCUCCUCUCUACUCUUCUUCUCCGCGAUUUCGCAGGCCGCCAAUGUCACCUACGACCGCCGAUCUCUCAUCAUCGACGGCCGCCGCAAGCUCCUCAUCUCCGCCUCCAUACACUACCCUCGCAGCGUCCCUGAGAUGUGGCCAGGACUGGUCCAAACAGCGAAGGAAGGAGGCAUCGAUGUGAUUGAAUCUUACGUGUUUUGGAAUGGUCACGAACCUUCUCCAGGCAAAUAUCACUUUGGAGACCGCUAUGAUCUGGUCAAGUUUGUGAAGAUUGUUCAGCAGGCCGGAAUGUAUUUGAUUCUUCGUAUUGGUCCAUUUGUUGCAGCUGAAUGGAAUUUUGGUGGAGUACCUGUUUGGUUGCAUUAUGUACCUGGCACUGUCUUCCGAACGAACAAUGAGCACUUCAAGUACUAUAUGCAGAACUUCACAACAUACAUAGUGGACCUAAUGAAGCAAGAGAAGUUUUUUGCAUCACAAGGAGGUCCCAUCAUAUUGGCCCAGAUAGAAAAUGAAUAUGGAGACAGUGAAUCGAUUUAUGGAGAUGGGGGGAAGAAAUAUGCCAUGUGGGCUGCUCAAAUGGCUCUUUCUCAAAAUAUUGGUGUACCUUGGAUAAUGUGCCAGCAGUAUGAUGCUCCCGAUCCUGUGAUUAAUACUUGCAAUUCAUUUUACUGUGAUCACUUCACCCCUAAUUCUCCGAACAAGCCUAAAUUUUGGACGGAGAACUGGCCUGGAUGGUUUCAAACAUUUGGGACUGCAAACCCUCACAGACCACCUCAAGAUAUUGCAUUUUCUGUUGCUCGCUUUUUCCAAAAAUCUGGCAGUGUGCAAAAUUAUUACAUGUAUCAUGGGGGAACAAAUUUUGGUCGUACUUCAGGCGGACCAUUCAUUACAACAAGUUAUGAUUAUGAUGCACCAAUAGAUGAAUAUGGAUUACCUAGGAAUCCAAAAUGGGGACACCUUAAGGAUCUUCACAGAGCUAUAAAGUUAUGUGAGCAGGCAUUGCUCAACAGUGAGCCAACUUCGUUGAAACUAGGUCUUUUACAGGAGGCUGAUGUCUAUACUGACUCAUCUGGAGCAUGCGCAGCCUUUAUUUCCAACACAGAUGACAAAUAUGACCAUGUUGUAGUGUUUCGGAAUGUGUCGUAUAACCUGCCAGCCUGGUCCGUUAGCAUUCUGCCAGAUUGUAAGAAUGUAGUCUUUAACACAGCAAAGGUGGGAUCCCAAACUUCUAUGGUUGAAAUGAUACCAGAGAACUUGCAGGCAUCAGUGAUCUCACCAGAUGAAGGCUUGAAAGUUCUUCAAUGGGAAGUAUUUGUGGAGAAAGCUGGGGUAUGGGGAGAGGCUGACUUCGUUCAAAAUGGCUUUGUAGAUCACAUUAAUACCACAAAAGAUACAACUGACUACCUCUGGUAUACAACGAGUUUGGAUGUUGAUGAAAAUGAAGGAUUCUUAAAGAAGGGAAGCCAACCAUUUCUUCUUGUUGAAUCAAAAGGUCAUGCUCUCCAUGCUUUUGUGAAUCGGGAGCUUAAAGCUACUGCAUCUGGGAAUGGAACAAAUUCAACCUUCAAAUUCCAAAAACCUAUCUCUCUCAAGGGAGGAAAAAAUGAAAUUGCUCUUCUAAGUAUGACUGUUGGUCUACAAAAUGCAGGGCCAUUUUAUGAAUGGGUUGGAGCAGGACUUACAAGUGUCAAGAUUUCGGGUUUCAACAAUGGAACAAAAGACCUCUCUACGCAGACAUGGACAUACAAGAUUGGAUUGCAAGGAGAACAUCUGAGCAUAUACAAGCCUGAAGGUAUGAAUAAGGUAAACUGGGUGUCGACCUCAGAACCACCGAAGAACCAGCCUCUUACAUGGUAUAAGGUUGUUGUGGAGACUCCAUCUGGCAAUGAACCUAUUGGCCUGGAUAUGAUUGAUAUGGGGAAGGGCCUAGCUUGGCUGAAUGGUGAAGAAAUUGGAAGAUAUUGGCCUAGGAAAAGCUCUAGACAUGGUAAGUGUGUCCAAGAAUGCAACUACAGAGGCAAAUUUAUGCCAGACAAAUGCCGCACAGGAUGCGGAAAGCCAACGCAAAGAUGGUACCAUGUUCCAAGGUCUUGGUUCAAAUCAUCCAAAAAUACUCUUGUGAUCUUUGAGGAGAAAGGCGGAGAUCCAACAAAAAUUAAAUUCUCAAGACGGAAAACCUCAAAGGUCUGCGCUCUCAUCUCAGAAGAUCAUCCCUCCUUUGAAAUUGAAUCCUGGCAGAAUGGAACCGAGAAUAACAAAAACAAAGUAGCUGCCCACUUGAAGUGCCCCGAGAGUACUCGGAUUUCCUCUGUAAAUUUUGCUAGCUUCGGAACUCCUACCGGAACGUGUGGAUCCUACGUCAAGGGAGACUGCCAUGAUCCUGAUUCCACUUCCAUGGUAGAAAGAGACUGCUUAAAUAAAUCUGAAUGUACCAUAGAAUUAACGGAACAGAACUUCAAUAAGGAUUUGUGUCCCAGCACGACUAGAAAACUUGCCGUUGAAGCAGUUUGCAGCUGAAAUUACCACUUCCAGGAAUAGAAGACAGUGGAAUCAACCACAGUGAUUAUUAUUUUUUGUCCGUCGACUUUCUACAGAGGUGCGAAGUUAUUACUUCUCCAGCUGGAUUUACAUUUCUUAAUUGAAGACUCAAAAAUUAUAGCGUUAGCAAUUAGAGCAGCUUGUUCUCAUGCUUGCUCUUGUGUUCAUCUCUGGGCAUAGCGAGUAAUAUAUUAAUUUUUUACGCGUGUGAUGUAAUAACAAUCUUUCUUUUUAAAUUUGAGAAAAUUGAACCC